CUUUGUGCGGAGGCGAGUUUAUUUUCAUUUUCAUUUCCGAUAAUUUUACACUUUUUUGAGGUUUUAUAUUUGCAAAAGAUUGCAUUGAAAAGUUAAAACUUAUGUCCUAAGUGAAUUGUACACAUUAAAUUGUGUUUUAAGAUAAUAUAAAAGGAUUGUGAAAGCCGUCAGCAAAUUGCUAUCAUUAGUUGUCUGGGUCGUCUGGUCAAAGGCAAAAACGAUAGAUUAAGUGAAGUGGAAGGAAGUGCACGGAGGAAGAGGAAGAGUACAGUGAAAAGUAAGUGCUUAACUGAAAAAACGACACAUAAGAGCACUUGUGUAAAACAGACACGGUCAAAAAGGGAAGAAAGAUAUCCAAAACCGAUCAAAUACUUGGAGUGAGAACUUUAGUGAAUGCAUGAAUAAGACAUUGAGGCAACGGUACGACGUCAAUAACAACACAACAACGUCAAUAACGAUAGUGUGAGGCGGUGCAUUAAACGUCUCCAAAGGAAACAAAAAAACAUAUCUAGCCGACUAAAGGAAGAGGCAAGAAAAGUAUCCAUCAGACAGCGGCGACUCUGUUGCAGAACGGAAAGCACAAAAAAGUGUGAAAGGUCAGCAGACAGACGAAAAGGAGACAGCAAAUAAAGAAAUCGUGCAAAAUAGUAUACUCAGCCAGUAAGCAAAUCUCGUAAAUACAUAUUUCAUACAUAAGUCCAACGUAAAAUCAAAUCGGCAAAUUAAAAAAAAAAAAAAUUAAAAAAAUUUAUGCUAUUUUAAAUGCAUUAUUAUUAGAAGUAAUAUUGGAAAUUACUGUCGGACUAAUUGUAAUAACUAGAAAUUCAAUAUAAUCAGCUAAAGAAAGGAUUAAUCAAGGAUUGGUAAAGCUAGUGAACAAAGGAGUGCUGCUUUUGUUGUCCUUGUAAUUUUCAGUUGCCGCAAAGUUCAACUGCAGGCGGCAAUAUAUGUAUUAUAUUUCACCUUCGAGACACUCUUAAAUAAAGUUUCAGCACAGCAUAUAUUUAAUAUUUUGAAGCUUUAAAACUGAAGCUUUGUGCUUGCGUUUAAUUUGCGAUCAACUGUAAUUGGAUCAUUUGUUGACUACUUGUCGACCAGCGCACUCUUUUUUGCCACGUGCGAUGUUGCCAUUCACCCCACAAGUAGUUAAACGUUUGUUAGCACUCAAGAAGGGCAACGAAGACACGGUUGAGGGAAAGUGGUCGGAAAAAGCAGUAAAAAAUCUUGUUAAAAAGGUUAAAAAGAAUAUACAGCUUGAGGAGUUAGAACGUGCCAUAUCCACGCAGAAUUGCAAUACACGCUGCGUCACAGUACCGCGUAGCAAGCCAGGUGCUUCUGGCGAAAAUUUGCGCAAAGGUCAACCACAUGUAAUAUAUUGCCGUGUAUGGCGCUGGCCGGAUUUACAAUCACAAAAUGAACUAAAAGCUUUGGAUCAUUGCGAAUACGCAUUUCAUUUGCGUAAAGACGAAAUUUGUAUUAACCCAUAUCACUACAAAAAGAUUGAGUUAUCAAUUUUGGUGCCAAAAUCAUUGCCGACACCGCCAGAUUCCAUUACCGAUUAUCCAUUGGAUAAUCAUACCCAUCAAAUACCCAAUAAUACGGAAUACAAUGCCACAACAAUACGCAGUGCUUCGCUGAGUCCACCACAGUACAUGGAGCUAUCAAGCCAUCAUCAUCAACAGCAGCAGCAUUCGCCCGGGAGUCUUGUUGGUUUAGGUAUGAGUGCCGCACAACAGCAGCAGCAGCAGAUGAAUGGCUCACUUGUAGGAUCAGGCGCUUGCAACAUGGACUCACAGUCAAGUGUAUUAAGCGUUGGUAGCAGCAUUCCUAAUACAGGUACCCCGCCGCCUGGCUACAUGAGCGAAGAUGGGGACCCGAUCGAUCCAAAUGACAAUAUGAAUAUGUCCAGAUUGACACCGCCAGUUGAUGCUAGUCCCGUAAUGUAUCAUGAGCCCGCUUUUUGGUGCUCAAUUUCGUACUAUGAACUAAAUACACGUGUCGGUGAAACCUUUCAUGCUUCACAACCAUCCAUUACAGUUGAUGGUUUCACUGAUCCGUCCAAUUCGGAGCGUUUCUGUCUCGGCUUACUUUCCAAUGUAAAUCGCAAUGAGGUAGUUGAACAGACACGUCGUCACAUUGGCAAAGGUGUACGUCUCUAUUAUAUCGGUGGCGAAGUAUUCGCCGAAUGCCUCAGUGAUUCAUCAAUAUUUGUACAGAGUCCGAAUUGCAAUCAACGCUACGGGUGGCAUCCAGCCACUGUCUGUAAAAUACCACCCGGUUGUAAUUUGAAAAUCUUUAAUAAUCAAGAAUUUGCUGCAUUGCUUUCGCAAUCUGUUUCACAAGGUUUUGAGGCCGUAUAUCAAUUAACACGCAUGUGCACCAUACGUAUGUCGUUUGUAAAGGGUUGGGGUGCUGAAUAUCGCCGGCAAACAGUUACAUCGACACCGUGUUGGAUUGAAUUGCAUUUGAAUGGACCACUACAGUGGUUGGACCGUGUGCUAACGCAGAUGGGUUCACCACGUCUGCCAUGCAGCUCGAUGUCUUAAGCACACAAAGAAGAAAGUUAGAUGCAGAAGUGCAGGUAUGAUUGCUUAAAGUAGUAUAUCAGUUGUUUUUUGAAAACUAGCAAAAGUAAUGAUAGGAAUUUUUCAAGUUAUUUUUGUUUAACUCCUUCUUGAUGAUUUCGACUACGCGUAAAGCGCUAAAAUAUUAAUAUAUUUGUGUACUCUUACUAAAUAUAUUGCGGGAACACAGGAAACUUAAAUUGGCGUUUUUGAUAUUUUAUAGAAUUUAAAAGGUAUUUUAAGCUUUUAAAGUCUUAAAGUACUCAAUAAAUAAUAAAGUUUCUUUUAUAAUAACCACACCACUAGUGAUUAGCUAUUAAUUAUUGAAUUGAAUGCACAAUUGUGCUAAUUCUGUUGCAGACAUAAAAUAUGCGAUAAUACUGAAGCCAGAAAAGUAAAUUAUAAAUAUGCAAGUUACAUAAAAUAAUAAUACUUGUGUAAAACAUUAAUAGUAUGUAUAAUUAAAGUAGAAAAAAUACUUGCGAUUUACAUUUAAAAUAAAUAUUACAAAUACAAAAGAAAACGACAAAUUUUGAAAGCAUUCUCGAUGUUUAAGAUGUGUAUGGUGACAUUUUGUAAUCAACUCGAAGGACAAUUUCAACUAAUACACAAUAUAGUAUAUAUUAUACAUACAUAUUAUAUACAUAUUAACGACAAAUGUUUUCAAGUAGCAAUACUCUUGAACGUAAGCAACCAAGGAAAUACAAACAAAAAGAGCUUUUAGAUUUUAAUGUUUUAACAAUAGAUUUUGUACUGUUUACACACUUAUAACAUGUGUCCUGUACACAAUAAUUAUACAUACAUAUAUUCAAACAAACAACAUGAUACACAGAACGAUUGGGAUAUUUGUAUAAUUAAAUUAUGGAAGAUUAAAAUUCGAUAAGCAUUUUGUAAGUAAAUUGUAAUAAUUAAGAAAAAAUAGCUAAAAGCUGGAAUUAAUAUUUUAAAUGUUAUUAUAUUAUUUAAAUAAAAUUGUCUCCGCUAUAUGGUAAAACUAACUAUGUUUUAAGUAUAUGCCGUGCUUUGGAUAUGCGGUAAAAUAAUUCUUGUCUUGACAUGUUUUUACUUUAUGUCACUAUAAUUUUAUCGUGUACCAAAUUAAAAUCAGUGCUUCUGCUUUAAAUUUUUAAACUAUAAAUUUUUGGACUAAAUGCAAUGUAUAAUGUAUAAUUUACAUUAUUGACGAUUAUACCCUUCUUUAUUAUAUAUACUUAUAUUUUCGUUUUAAAUUAUGUAUUCGAAAUUUAUUUGAGACCAAUAAGCCGUUUAAAACGAAAGCUGUUAUAUAUUCAGUCAGUAAUUGUGAAAGCCGCUGCAAUAAACUUUACUAUGUACUUACGUACACAUACAUAUAAAUAAAUUACAUAUUAAUAUUAAAACACACUGUGAUUCCACGUUAUGGCCAUCAAUUGCCAAAUUACAAUGCAAGUCAAGGUCAAAUAAUUAAACUGCCAUACAUUUUAUAUGAUUAUAAUUUUAACUACAAUAUUUGCAGUUUUCGUUUUAUCGGCAGAAAAAUUAUCAGAAUGCUUCAUAGUACCAAAAAAAGUAAACCUUAGCAAAAAUUUAAAGCAAUUCAUGCAUAUUUUUACUUUCUCUGGCUAAAUGCGCUAGAAUUGUAUAUAAGCGCGUUGCCAUUAUUGUUUUUUUUAUGUAGUAAGCAACAAUUGUCUUAAUUAAGCAAAUCUUUAAUUUUAAAUAGUUAUUUGUUAAGUGAAAUCAUUUAUUAAAUAAACCUUAUUUGUGUUUUUACUUUUAAUAUUUUGUCCGUACUUUAUAACGGUUGACUUUCCUGCAACAUGAAUAUGUGUACGUUCUGGUUAUAUUAGUUUCGGCAUUAGCAUUAACAAAAUAUAACUGAAUCUAAGUCCCAA